GAAGAAAUUGUAAUUUGUUGCUUUUGUUUUCAAUAAAGAAAGCACAUAAAAAUGUCGCUGUUACGCAUCAGGAAACCCAAAACCCGCAAGGGAAAGAAAAUGUUAAUGGCGCGGGAGCCGCAAUUGAUUGAGGCGGCCCGCACAAUGCUCUUUGUAGAUGGACGAAAAUGUGGUGGCAGUGUAAAGCAGUUCAUGAAGGACCUUAAUCAACUGAAGAAGCCACUGGUGAAAGUCCUAAACCGCAAGAACGACAUAACGCCCUUCGAGGAUCCUUCCUCCUUAGAGUUCUUGACCAUGAAGAACUAUGCGGCACAGUUCGUUUUCGGUUCCACGUCCAAGAAACGCCCCGACAACAUCGUUCUGGGCCGACUCUAUGAGAACGAAGUCCUGGACAUGUUCGAGUUGGGGAUUAAGCAAUAUAAGGCCAUCUCCGAGUUCAUGAACGAGAAGAUCGGCGCCUGUGUUAAGCCCUGCCUGGUCUUCAAUGGACCCCAAUGGUCGCAAACGGAGGAAUUAAGGCGUCUACGCAAUUUGUUCAUCGACACUUUUCACCGUGAAAAGGUCGAUUCCAUACGGCUGCAGGGCGUCGAGCAUGUGAUGAGCUUCACGGUAACCGAUAACAUGAACAUCUUAAUGCGCUCCUACAAGAUCCUGCUGAAGAAGUCGGGCCAGAAAACGCCACGAAUUGAGCUGGAGGAGAUUGGACCCUCGGCAGACUUUGUCAUACGCCGCACAAAAAUUGCCUCCGAGGAUCUCUACAAGCAGGCACGCAAGCAGCCCAAGCAGCUCAAGGUGGGCAAAAAGAAAAACAUCAGCACGGACGCCAUGGGAAACACGAAGGGACGUGUGCAUAUGGGCAAACAGCUGACGGGCUCCAUUCAGACACGUCGCGUGAAGGCUUUGCGGAAGACGCCCGAGGAAAAGAAGGAGAAUCGCCAGAAGAAAAAGGUGGCUUUGAAGGCUGCCGCAGCCGAGGCUUUGGCGGCAUCCCAUUGAACAACGAUCGUAAGACCCAUUUCUAUCUUAUAGUUAGCUUUAGUUGUAAUAAAUUGGUCCAGAUUAAAGUAGCGUUGAAACUA